AUGGUAUUCAAGAACAAACUCUUCUUCUCUUCUUCGAAGAAAUCUGGAUCUUCGAGCCCCGAUAGUUCUAAUAGUCCCAGAUCUGUUGGCUCCAACUCUCCGAUACGAUCAGAUAAGAAGAAGCCUAAAUCCGCUUCCAAGGUUGAAACCCCGAUCCCUAGUCCGAGCUCCGUUGCUGGAUUUGCCGGAAUUGGUUGUAAGCAGACGCAGAUUAAAGAUAGUUCGAAGAAGAAGGAUGGAUUAUCCAAGGGCAAACAAGUUCCAUCUGAAGUUCAAGCUCACUCAAUCGGAAAAUCGAACUUAUCUCCUAGUUCUGAGGCGAAGAAACCAGCCGUUGCAACGCCGCCGCCGGACGCGAAGGAAGGACCGGCUUUUGUUUCUCCAAUCAUGGCCUCGUCUUUGGGCUUGAAUCGGAUCAAGACGAGAUCUGGACCGUUGCCACAGGAAAGGGUUUUCAAUUAUAGGAAUGAUGGGGAAACUCCAGCUCUGUUAUGUACGAGCAAACUGUCUAAGAUGGUUAGUGAUGGAGACUCGGGCUCGGGUUCGGGCUCUGCCACUUCUUCUGGCUUUGGUAGUGGCAAUAGGAAGAAAGAAGCUGGGAGUAGCAAACUUGGGUUUGAAGAGAACGUGGGUCGUGCUGGAACGAUUGACAGUAAGAGUGAUAGUGAUAGUAUGUCUCCUGAUACUGGACCACCGAGGAGCGUUAGCCCUACUUUGCCGGUACCAGGAUCUCGAUUGAAGAAUGUAGCAUCCUCAUCGGGAACUGGUCGGUCCGAGAUGUCAUCUGGACGCUCUGGCCCUCUAAAAAAUUCAGACUUUUGCACACCAGAGAAUUCAUAUGAAUGGGAAAAUCCAAAAGAGUCAGAAUCACCACGUUAUCAAGCCUUACUUCGUAUGACCAGUGCUCCACGAAAGAGGUUUCCUGGUGACAUCAAAAGCUUUUCUCAUGAGUUGAACUCAAAAGGUGUAAGGCCUUUUCCAUUGUGGAAGCCUCGUAGGUCAAACAAUGUGGAGGAAAUAUUGGUUCUAAUUCGGGCAAAAUUUGAUAAAGCAAAGGAAGAAGUCAACUCUGACCUUGCAGUAUUUGCUGCCGAUCUGGUGGGAGUUCUUGAGAAAAAUGCAGAAAGCCAUCCUGAGUGGGAGGAAACAUUUGAAGACUUGUUAAUUUUGGCUCGCAGUUGUGCUAUGACUACUCCUGGAGAUUUCUGGCUUCAGUGUGAAGGCAUAGUUCAGGACUUAGAUGAUAGACGUCAAGAGCUUCCUCCGGGCGUCCUCAAGCAGCUUCAUACCCGGAUGCUUUUUAUACUUACCAGAUGUACUAGAUUACUUCAGUUUCAUAAGGAAAGUUGGGGGGAGGAGGAACAAGCUGUACAACUACGUCAGUCAAGAGUUUUGCAUUCUAUAGAUAAAAUACCUCCUACUGGAGCUGGAAGGAGUUCAAGUGCUGCUAAGGUCUUAAAGGUACCGUCCACCAAGAAAGCUUAUAGUCAGGAGCAGCAUGGUUUGGAGUGGAAGGAGGAUGUUGUUGUACGCUCAGUUCCUCCUCUCUCUUCUCCUGAAAAUUAUGUUCUUCAGGAAUCUGAAUCUCCUGCAAGCAUUGAUAGAAUGUCUUCUUGGAAGAAACUUCCAUCUCCAGCACUGAAAACUGUGAAAGAAGCGCCAGCAUCAGAAGAGCAGAAUGAUAACAAAGUUGAACCUCCGAAUAUGGUUAAAAAUCGACAACGUAGUGAUGAUACAGCUGUUUCUAUUCUCAACUGCCCUCCAGCAAAAGAUUCUCAUGAACAUUCCCCCAAGCAUCGGCAUAAUAUUUCUUGGGGUUACUGGGGGGAACAGACGGUUAUUUCGGAGGAAAAUUCAAUAAUGUGCCGUAUCUGUGAGGAGGAAGUUCCCACUACCCAUGUUGAAGAUCACUCUAGAAUUUGUACAUUGGCUGAUAAAUAUGACCAAAAAGGACUGAGUGUCGACGAGCGGCUGAUGGCUGUUGCUGGAACUCUUGACAAGAUAGCAGAGACCUUCAGGCAUAAGGAUAGCGUAGCAGCCGCAGAAAGCCCAGAUGGUAUGAAAGUAUCCAAUUCAAAUUUGCAUGAAGAAUCUGAUGUUCUCUCUCCAAGGUUAAGUGAUUGGUCGAGAAGGGGGUCAGAAGACAUGCUUGACUGUCUACCGGAGACUGAUAAUUCAAUUUUUAUGGAUGAUUUUAGAGGUUUACCCUUAAUGUCAUGUAAAACCCGUUUUGGCUCCAAGUCUGAUCUAGGCAUGACAACUUCUUCUGCUAGUAGCAUGACUCCUAGAUCCCCGAUUCCAACCCCUAGACCUGAUCCAUUUGAACUGAUUUUAGGAGGCAAGGGUAUGUUCCAUGAUCACGAUGAUAUUCCACAGAUGAGUGAACUUGCUGACAUUGCAAAAUGUGCAGCAGAUGCCAUUCCGGGGGAUGAUCAAUCAAUUUCAUUCUUACUUUCUUGUCUUGAAGAUCUGAGGGUUGUCAUAGACCGCAGAAAGUUUGAUGCACUUACAGUAGAAACUUUUGGUACUCGCAUAGAAAAGUUGAUCCGGGAAAAAUAUCUGCAGAUGUGUGAUCUUAUGGAUGAUGAAAAAGUUGACCUAUCAAGCACUGUAAUUGAUGAAGAUGCUCCUUUGGAAGAUGAUGUUGUACGGAGCUUGAGAACCAGCCCAGUUCAUCCGCGGGACCGCACAUCGAUAGAUGAUUUUGAGAUCAUAAAACCAAUAAGUCGGGGAGCUUUUGGGAGAGUUUUUUUGGCUAAAAAGAGAACAACAGGAGAUCUAUUUGCAAUCAAGGUUCUGAAAAAGGCAGAUAUGAUCCGUAAGAAUGCUGUUGAAAGUAUACUUGCUGAACGCGAUAUUUUGAUCAAUGUCCGCAAUCCCUUUGUGGUUCGUUUCUUCUAUUCUUUCACUUGUCGUGACAACCUGUAUCUGGUGAUGGAGUAUUUGAACGGAGGGGACCUGUAUUCGUUGUUGAGAAAUUUAGGUUGCUUAGAGGAAGAUAUUGUCCGUGUAUAUAUUGCCGAAGUUGUCCUUGCUUUGGAAUAUUUGCAUUCUGAGGGUGUUGUUCACCGUGAUUUGAAGCCUGAUAAUUUGUUGAUUGCGCAUGAUGGUCAUAUUAAGUUGACAGAUUUUGGGCUCUCAAAAGUGGGUCUCAUCAACAGCACGGAUGAUCUGUCUGGUCCUGGAACGUCUCUGCUUGAUGAAGAGGAAUCACGACUACCGACAUCCGAGCAUCAGCUCGAAAGGCGCAAGAAACGGUCUGCUGUGGGUACUCCUGACUACUUAGCGCCUGAAAUUCUUUUAGGGACAGGACAUGGUGCAACUGCGGAUUGGUGGUCUGUUGGCAUCAUUCUGUUUGAGCUCAUCGUGGGAAUUCCACCCUUCAAUGCAGAACACCCUCAGCAAAUAUUUGACAAUAUUCUCAACCGGAAGAUUCCGUGGCCUAAUGUUCCUGAAGAAAUGAGUGCUGAAGCCCACGAUAUUAUAGAUCGAUUUUUAACAGAAGAUCCUCAUCAGAGGCUUGGAGCUAGAGGGGCAGCUGAGGUCAAGCAGCACAUCUUCUUUAAAGACAUCAACUGGGACACUCUAGCGAGGCAAAAGGCUGCAUUUGUUCCGGCUUCAGAGAGUGCAAUUGACACUAGUUACUUCAGAAGUCGCUACUCGUGGAACACAUCAGAUGAGCAAUUUUUCCCGACCGGUGAGGUUGAAGAUUAUAGUGAUGCUGAUAGCUUGAGUGGCAGCAGUGGUAGCUCGAGCAAUCGUCAUGAGGAGGGGGCGGUUGAAGAAAGCGAAGGACUUGCAGAGUUUGAGUCUGGCGUACCUGUAGAUUACUCUUUCAGUAAUUUCUCGUUUAAGAAUCUAUCUCAGUUGGCGUCAAUCAACUACGAUCUUCUAUCCAAAGGCUGGAAAGAUGAGCCACAACCAAAGUCGCAUCACAAGCAGUAA